GUGAUGCAUAGAGCUGAGGGUUUCUUUAUGUUUUUUCAUUUUUUCUUUGUGCGUUUGAUUCAUUGAACGAAAUCUUGAAGACUUUUCUUUUUCGAGCCGAUUUUACGCUUAAAUUCUUGAUUUGAAAAACAAAAAUGAGAUUCAGAUUUUGUGGAGAUUUGGACUGCCCAGAUUGGGUGCUUGCAGAGAUCAGCAUUCUGAGUAAAAUAACAUCAGUUAAAAUGAAGCUGUUAUGUGGGCAAGUCAUCAAAGAUCUACUUGGAGAUAACAUAGAUUUUGAGAAAGUUUACAAGUUGACAGCUGAUGCCAAGUAUGAAUCGAGUGAUGUGAAAGCCAGCAUUGCUGCUCUGUCAUUCAUCCUAUCAAGUGCAGCUAAAUACAAUGUUGAUGGGGAGUCACUCUCAAAUGAGUUACAACAAUUAGGCUUACCUAAAGAACAUUCCACAGCUCUGAGCAGGUCAUAUGGAGAUAAAAGAGAGAAGAUGCAAGAGAGUUUCAGAUCCAGAAGCCUGAGAUUAUCGAAGUUUGAUUCAGUAGACUGGAGAGUAGAUUACAUUCUUGGUUCCAGUGAGAUAGAGACAAUCAAAGAGCCUAAUCUACAACUCAGACUCAAGCUACGAGAUACAGACACAGAUGCCAUCAAUGUCACAUCUUUCUCUAUUUCCUCAGAAAAGUUUAGAACCCUACUAAGUGAACUUCAGCAAACUCUAACACUCAUGGAUGGAUUAUCAUAGCACUGAUGAUGGGACUACGUACUGAAGAGCUACACAAGUAUUAUACAAAUGUCUAUUAAUGAAAUAUAGUUUCUUAGGUAGGAUAUUAUUAUUUUUUAUUAGGCUUUCUAAAGCCAUAUAUGUUUCAUGUUUAUGUAAUGAAAAUAUAAAGUGUUUUAAUCUCCUUUACAAUUGUAUGUUUGAUUAUGUGUAAAAUUGCCUAUUAGAGCCUUAUAUCCAUAGGAGUGUGAAGGAUUUGUUUCCAUAUGUUUUCUAAACAUAUUCAAACCCAAAUAUUUAAAAGCUAUAUAGGCCUCGAUGCAAAAGAUUAAUUCUUCACUGUGUUUUAAAGUUUUGAAUUUUGUUAAUUUGGAAUCAGCUACAUGAGAGACAACAACAAAACACUAAAGCUUCAGGCCUGAUAAAGUCCCGAUUUAAAUCGGUGUCCCGGUUUUUUUUUUUUUUCCUGAUUUUUUCCCGAUUUUUUUU